AUGCAACUGGAAGAAGGGUUGUCUGUUUGUAAUGUGUUGCAGUCAAUCCAGAAAUUCCCAAGUGUUUGGAAAGUGUUAUUCCAACCAAGCCAGGAAUUUCAGAUGAAUAGUGAGAAGUUCCUAGAUGAAGCUGCUGUGGAAUACAUCACUUCACAGGUGCUACAGGAGAAAGAGAUUACAACGUACAAGUUCUUUUCCGAUAUGGUACUACUUUUAGAUGAUGGUGAGUGUUACGGGUUUCGUGUUGUUUUUUUCUUGCUGCAUUGCUUGACUGCAAUUGUCUCAGUAUAAUUCUAUUUUACCUCUUCACAAUGUAAUCAUAAAGUCUCAUAUCAUAAUCAAAUCAUAAAUAUCAUAAAUCAAAUCCUAGAUCUACAUUCUCAUCUAAUAAUUUUUAAUUAUUCAGAUUAAGGUGAAGUUUAUUUGCCAAAGCGAAGUUGUGGUGGAUAAACAUUGACUGAAUUAUUCUUGAAUUUGAUUUCAUUUGAACUUGGCCUCAUCACACUCAUGAUUCAUUCCGGAUAUGUUCUCAUAAAAUCAUUGCGAUAAAAUUAUACCCCUACCUUACCCUUACCCUACCCUACCUUACCCUACUUCACCCCACCCUACCCAACCAACAUCUUACCAUAUUUUCAAGAUUUUUCAGGGUAUCUAGUGGUUUACUGUAUUCAAUAUAUAUUUUUAUUGUAUUCAAUAUGAUUUAUUGUGUUUGAUCGGUUUGCAGCACGAUCUUGAUUUCGGCUUUGCAUCAGUUUGGCAAAUCAUACACGCACACAACACUCCCUGAGUAUUAAAACAAUUCAAACAUGUCACACAAUGGCUCCAAAAUGGGCAGUGAGCACCCACAGCGUAUCAGGAUCCAAAUACCGCACCCACUUUUUCGGUCCAAUUACUACCAAAUUACAAACAACAAAUGUAUUAAUGUAAUAGAAAAGCGUUUUGAUGAACUUGAGAAAAAGCUAAAUAGAGUAAAUACACCUUUUUAAGAGUGGUUCUAAACAAGUUGAUUUAAUUAGGCACUGACGUCAUUGAACAUUGCUACAUAGUUGGCUUGAUGCCACCAUGAUACCAUCUCUCAAUCUGAUUAGCGCUGAUUAAACUUUGAUUUAAUUUUUCAAGGAAUUGAUGGUAUUUAUUUGAAAGAUUUCAUCAAAUGGAUGACAGGAUCUAAAACUAUACCUCCUCAGUGUAAUUUGUCCAUGGUUGUGCUGAAGCAUGCUGCUGUCGACCCACUGUUUCAACAUGUGAUAUAACCUUAAAAAUACCAGUUCACCUGACAACAGAAGACAUGUGUGAAAUAUUCAUAUCAGCAAUCAAAGAUUUGUGCUGGCUUUGGAAACAUUUAAUCAAUAUUGAACUCUGCUGCAAGAGAUUUCAAUGAGAACAUACUUUUUAACUAUUGGUUUUGUUGCUCGAACUUUGCUUGGUAUUGAUUUGUGCCUAUGGCAACACUUUUCAACAAAAGCAUCAUAUUUAGUUCAGUGUUAAAGAGGCUCCCUACAGUUCCGUGCGGGAUGUUCGCGGGACAAGUAUGUGAACUAUCCACACAACUGCAUGAUCAAAACAAAACAAAAAUUGACCAUGCUUUUUUUAAAAAUAAAGCUAUUUCUGAAAGGUUUCUAAUGGAAAAAAGAGUUGAAUAAUACUUCAUUUUGAGUGCCAAAUCACUUGCGAGUCUAUACAGCAAUUCUACAUAUGAUACGAAUAUAACUAGACCAAAAAAUAGCUACGAUCUAUAAACAGUGUGCAUAAAAAAAUUAAACAUUUGCAUUUAUCAAAAAGAAUAUGUGAUUGUGAGUGGGUUUCAUUUAUUUAGAUACACACUGUAGAUCUAACAUGUUCUAUGAUAGUAGACAUCUUAUGUCAAGUAUUUGUGUUCAAAUGAUAAAACAUUUACCAUUUUAAACAAUAACAGUCUUCAUAGUGAAUAUUUUGUACCCCCUCCUGAACACGAGUUAUAAAAAUCCAGACAUCCUGUUCACAUUGCAUUCUAUGUUUCCUUGCAAUGAGUCAUUACAGAAAACAUCUGACUCCCAUAUCUCUUUUGGAUAUUCUAAUUAAUUAAAAAUAUUUUAGUUUUAGCAACCUUCCUUUUUGUACACAGUUGAUAGGGAGGGCAUAUGGUAAAAUUUAGAGAUUUCCCAACAUACAUUAUUAAAGCGAUGUCAUUUCAAUAACCUUUAUUAUAAUGACAUCAAACACAGGAAAAAUGCUUAUGAAAGGUGCUACAUGAAAUUUUGAUCAACUCUUGCAAAAAUUAUUUUUUCAUGUUUGACAUUAUAAGAAAGGACUAUUGUACAAUAAGGGAUUUUUGAAAUAUUUUUUGCAUAACAUACUUACUGUAAUAUCUCUAUUUAUCCCCCCCCCCCAGAGGCGUAGCCAGGAUUUUCUGUCAAGGGGGGGGGGGCAAAAACGAAGCAGGGGGGAGCUUAACAAAAGUAUACAAAAGUUAGAUGUACCAGGGGGCCAACAUUUUCUCAGGGGACGACGGGGCCCUUUGGCCCCGGGCAUGGCUAUGCUACUGCCCCCCCGCCUUAUUCUGUCUCUCUCUCUAGUAAGCCCUCCAGGGCACUUUAAACAGAGAUUACAGUCAUUGAGUGGCAGUACUCUAUGACUGACAAGUAAAAUCGUCUGGCCUUUGACAGGGUAAAUACAUCUGGCAUUAGACCGAGUUAAUUUUCAAUUAGAGCACAUUGCCAGUUAAUGAGUUAAACCAUUAGUAGGCAAUUUGCCCAAUAUAUUUUGUGAGGUGUGUGCCAGGGUGGGUAUAGCAAGGUAAAUAGAUAAGAGUAGGUUAUCCAACUAUCUGAAAAUUAAGAAAAUAGUUUCUUAAAAGGGAAAUGGCAAUAUAUUUUUUAUUUUCUCGUUUGAAAGAACAUUUAAAACCAUAUAUAAAACUCUUUUACCGUUUUUUCAUAUCUUGCUUACUUCUACAAAUAUUUUAAUCGAAAGAAAUGAAAUGUCCGCCAUCUUGAAUUUUUGUGGAUAUGCAUGUUACGUCACAACAGGGGUCACGCAAUAUUUUUAUCUAGACAACCACUAAUCAUUUUGCACCCAAAAUUAUACUCUGUAUGCUCUUGGAAAUAUCAAGAUCACUUGAAACGUUUAAAACAUCUACCAGUCAAUAUUUGGUCAGUAACGAAUACUUUUAUAUGGUUAAUCCCUGUUGUGACGUCACCAAAACUACCGUUAAUGAGAUCAAAAUUUUAUCCAAGAUGGCUGACAUCUCAUUACUUCAAGUGAAAAUAUUUCAAGAACUAAGCAAGAUAUGAAGAAUCGGUAAAAGAAGUUAUUAAAUAGUUUCAAAAGUUCUUUCAAAUGAGAAAAUAAAAAAAUAUAUUGCCAUUUCCCUUUAAGCUGAAAUUGAAAACUCGAAACUGAAGCAGCAGUACGCAGAUCUGAGCUCAGUGAGUUAAAAAAAAUGAGAACUCUACCAGAUCUUACGAGAGUCUAUCUGUAUCAAAGCUUUAUCAAAACUUCUAUAAACACUGCUAUAUCAUAGAUUAAGGAAUGCUAUAUUAAACGGUUAAACUAUUGACAUCUAAAGUGACAUUAUUGAAUACCGUAUUUACUCGAUUGAGCGCCGCCCCCUAAUGAGCGCCGCAUUUGAGAUCAAUUUUUUUUAAAGAGCGCCGCCCCCGAAUGAGCGCCGCACUAAAAACUGUAAAAACUUUCCGCGUCAAAAUUGGGGACAUUUAGUACAUUUUUUAAAGUAAAACUUGUUUAUUUUAUUGUUAAAAGUUCUUUUUAUAAUUCACAAAUAAAAGAUUUUUUAAAGAGCGCCGCCCCCGAUUGAGCGCCGCAUCUGAAGCUUUGAAAAUUUAAAGAGCGCCGCGGCGCUCAAUCGAGUAAAUACGGUACUUGCGAAAAGCUGAAAAUGACUCGUGAAAAAUUCUCAUGAAAAACAACUUGAACUGAUCUUGGGAAUAUAAAGUCAAAAGACAAAGGUCAAUGAGACUUGUUUAUAUUGUGGUGUAGUAUAGUUAAAUGUGAAACGAAUGCGGAGCGGAUGCGGAACCGAUAUGGGGAUAAAAUGCGGAAUGGAUAUGGGGAUAAAAUGCGAUUUUUUUCGCCUCAUUUUUACGUUUCAGUGUUUUUUAUUUAUGUUUUGUUGUAAUGGUGCAACGUCGUAUUAACUAAUUAUACAGCUAUUUCAUUUAAAGAGUAUCACUGAGACAAUGGUCAAAUGUGCAAUAUGGGUGCUGAAAGGAUGAUGGGAAUAAUCAUAGUUUUAAAUAAGUUUAGUAUAUUAGUAGCCUCGUGGAUAUAUUUUCAGCAACAGCUCCCAAUGUAGUUUUAGAAUAUAAAAAAAAUUGGUUGUUGUUGAAACAAUUUAAAUUUCGAGUUGUCGCGUGUAGCAUCACAAUAAAUAAAUAAAUUGUAUAAUGUAUCAGUUCCACAAGGCACGACGUUUCUGAUGUGUUUCUGUCUUGUUUCAAACGUCGCGCUACUCGUGUACCAAACGCACUAAAAACCGAAUAGAUAUGAGAUGAAAUGCCUAUGGUAACUGCUUAUUUCGUAGUGUAUUUCAGCUUUACAAAACAGAAAGUCCUCAUGCACAAAUAAGAGCUCUUGCAAUUCAACAUUUUUAAUAAUCGAGUUACGAAGGGAGUGACAAGGAAUUGUUUAUCUCGUAAAAACGUUCUAAUCCACAUUUAUUAGUAACGUGCCUGCUCUAGCCUAUGCCUGCUCUUACUGUUCUAGGUUUUCGGCGACCCUAUACAGUUCUUACCGUGUUUUUUCAAUUUGAAACUUUACACUAUCCUUGGAUCCCUAGCUUUCAAAUGUAUAAACGUUUCAGGGCGUAAAUAUUGAGAAAAUCUUUGAGAUUUACGCAAUAAUUAAAUUGAUGUUAUGCAUUACAGGCGUUCAAUUAUGAAUAUACCGCCUAAGUAAUGUCAGCACUUUAUACAGGGACUGUAUAAGGUGCUACACCACAUAAUAUAGAUGGCUGCACUUAAACACUCAGUACACUGAAACCAAAGAAGCCUGUAACACUCUGUGCAUAAGUGCAUUGCUGAAGGCACCCAUACAGCACUGCGCGUUUGGCUCUCUAAAUAUAGAAAUGAUUAUAGGAUGCAGAAGGACAUGUUGGAAAUGAUGGAGUGUGGAGUAUGGAAUGCGGAGUACGGAGUCUGUUAAAACAUAGUUUAUUUUCCUAUUUCGAUUUUAAUUUUCCUAUACGAUUUGAAUGAGACUCGGCGUUUCCCACGCGGAGUCUGUCAAAAAUUUGUUUAUUUUGUCCAAAGAUUCUAUUUUAAUAAGACACUGUGUUUUCCACUUUAUGCCCCCAUACACUUGCAGUGUCUUAAACUGUCUGCUCCACAAAGAAUAUACACAAGUUAUGCAGAAUUUCUCUCCUUCUCCAUGCCGAGAAGAAAUACGAGAGGACUUUGCUCGCAGGAUAGGCGUCAUGUUGUGGAGAUACGAAUAUGAAGGAAACACGAGCAAAACAAUAUGGCACCGCCUUCGGUGGUGUUUACAAGUUUUAAGGAAACGACAUGUAAAAUUUAAUCAAGAAAUAUCAACGUAAACAGCAACGAAAGGUUUUGAAACAUUUUAACGUACUCGUGAAAGAAAAAGGAAAGAUUUGGGAAAAAGAACUGGUCAUUAAUGAAAUCACCGGCUUUGUUUACAAACAAUUACUUUCGGUUUUUCCACCAUCAUAACGAACUUGGUAACAAAGUUUAAAAUAUUUGGGAGAAAGUUUGUUUGUUUUGUUUGUUUGUUUGUUUGUUUGUUUGUUUGUUUUUGGAUAGAGAGCAAAUAUUUUGGUUAGAAUUUUGAGAAAUAGCCGGCGAUUGUCUACACGCGCAAAAACGCACAGCUUGUAACAAGUCUGUAAACAAGUUGUUACAAGUUUGUUCACAAGUUGUCUUCGCACUGCUUGUCCCAGUUUGUUGUACUAAAAAAUUUGACUGUGAACAACUUGUAACGAGCUUGAUGGCAUUAUCAGUCUUGUUACAAGACUGUGCUAACAAGUUUGUUACAGCUAUGAUAUAACAAGGUUGUAACAACACAAGGUUGUAACAAUCUUGUUAUAUCAAGCAUGUAACUGACUUGUCAGAACAACCUUGCAACAAAGUCUGAUAAUUUCGACAAGGUUGUUACAAGUUGUCACCAAGUUGUUCCAAACCUGUUGACAACUUGUGACAAGCAGUGCUAAUAAGGGAAUAACAUGAGUUUUGGAGGGCAUAUUGUUUAUUUUUGGCCCGCGUAGUAAAAUUGUUAUUGACAUUAUUAUCAAUAUAGAGGAACAAAUAAGUAUAAAUAUAUAACAUAACAUAACACCAACACAAUAUACAAUGUAGACAAUGAAUGCUUUUAACAGUAAAGAAAAACAGUUAACAAUGCAUUAAAAUAUAAAAAAUAUAAACUGCUUUUGUUGUGUUUUUUGCUUGAGCCUUUUUCUCAAUCUUGUCAAGGGCUUCCUUAUCAAGGUCAGAGAAUUUUUAGAUAGCAUUUUACAACAAUAAACUCCUAGUGUAUGAUAUACUAGGUCUAAUAUAAACUCUAAAGUCAAAUGAUGUUUUACUGUUCUUUUUCAGCUCAUUAAGCGGCGAAAAUGUCGGUGUUGUGGGUAGUGUAGCAUUGUUCACACUGAAUGCGAGAGUUGAGAAACUGACCGAUGAAAAGAAGCAGCUUCAAAAUAAGUCUGAUGCGUUGCAGAAGGAAAUUGAUAAACUUUCUAUCAUCAACUUGGAUCUGAAGUAAGUGCAAAGUAUACAAGCUAAUCCGCAUUUUCUCUUUAUAAAAUAUUUAAAUAGAGUCAGCGUGCCCCCAGACUAUGCAACUUUCUUUUUUCGUUCCCCUGUUGUCCCAAACUGACCUAGAUUCAGCUCCAUCAUUUUUUUUUAAAUAAUAAUAUUAGUUUUAUUUGGUUUGUCACAUACUAUCAUGUCAUUAAAGUGGAACUCAAGUCCGUAAUGUAUACAAACGGUUUGUUUAAAUUUUAUAUUGCUGUAUUUUUUAAAUAUGAUGUACUGUCUGAAUAUCUAACACCAUUUUGGUUCGCUAUGCUUCUAAAUGAAUAUGAAAUAGAGUUUAUGUUCAGAAAAAUUCGAAACAUUCGAAAUUUAGGCAAUUUUCACAUUAGAGGUUCUCACACACAAACUUCCACUCGGGCUUUUAGUCAGAAGGGCGUCCUGGGACGCCCCUAGAACAAAAAAUGGAUGCCUUUGGACGCCCAAAUUCUGGGGAAAAAGGAAAUUAUUUUCAGUUAUUUCCCUAAGUAUAUUAAUAGAUCUCAAAUGAAAUAGCUUCUAUUCUCAUUAUUAUUAUACAUUUGAUAUUAUUAUACAAAGCCAAGUGUGUUUGAAAAAUUUCGAACGAGCUUGGAACAGAUACUGAUAAGAAGUAACGCAAACUUCAAAGGUUUUCCAGAGAAACGUUUUCCUUACUGUAGUUGUAUCGUUGUACCAAAAUUUGACGCCCUCUUUUAGGAUCCUGGCUAAAAGCCUGCUUCCACUUUGAUUAUGCACAUUGUAUAUUAAUAAUUAUGCAUGAAUUUGUCGCAAGGAAGCUUUAGAAAACUGAAGUCUGGGGCUUAUAACGUUUAUGCUCCCUUAUAUCGCGCUAUAUGUUGAGCUCAUAAAUAACACGUAAAAUCAUUGAAUUCUGUCUGGUCAGUUCCUUCAUAUUUAAAGGAUUAGUGUCAUGGUAUCGUGGGCUUUUGUUGUUGUUUUUAUCUUAACCAAAAUCAACAAAUUACGAUAAAAAUACUACUUUGGUACAUUUCCAUUAAGGCAUGUUUUAUAUGUCGAAUUACGAUCGCAUCGAAUACAAUUUCAACAAUAGAUAAUGAGCGUCAUGAACUUUAUCAUUUCACUAUCUAUGGAGUAUGGUCUUAAUUGCAUUCGAUGCGACCAAAAUUCGACGUAUAAAACAGGCCUUAGAGUCAGAUAAAACAUAGCCUAUCGAAGGGAAGAUGGCUGUGAAACUCAUUAGAAUAACAAUAUAACUCAUCUAUGUUUAUUCAUAAAUACAUGUUUCACUGUCAACAUGCGUAUUGUAUUAAUGUCAAAUCCACCAAUAGCAAUUUCCAAUUUACUCUUUUGUUCCAGUCGCGGAUAAGUAAUUUUCCUAAAACAUUGCUGUUGGUUGGUUGCAGGGCAAAAUACAAUAAGCACGUGACGGUGAAUAACCAUUAUUCUAAUGCAUGAGUUGCAUUGCCAUCUUCCCUUUGAUAAAGCUAUAUGGAUACAAGAAGAAAGGAUGGUUUACAUAUACGAGGGAUUAAAAAGAAAAAAAUCCAAAUCUAUUGACGUACUUGUCCGGAAUUUCAGCCCGCAAUACCAUGGUGCAGCAUUAAUCCUUGCAUGAGCAGCAGGGAAAUUUUUCUGAGCAUGCGCCAGAUUAACCAAAAUUUCCAUUGAAACUUGAAGACUUAUUGUAAUAGCGAAACGCUCGCGGUUGUUGUAUAUUUUUGAAUUCUAAACUUUGUACUUUUUUGCUUGAGACAAUGUAAAAUGUAUUCUACGAUUCCAGCGUAUAGAAUAUCUCGUUUGAACAGCAAUAGAAUUGAUUAUAAUCUUUCCACAAACAAGAAGACAGUGUAAGUGACACGUUAAAUCUGCAGUCAUGCCCGAGGUAAAGCCAAUCGUUGCGAGCUUGACAGCCUUGACAAAUGCAAAACAAGUACAAAUUUGGGUUCAAACAAAAAGAAGUUCAAUGUUAAUACGACUAACAUAUAUUCUAUUCAAAUACGUGUGGUUUAAAAUGUAUUUCAAUUGAAUUUUUAAAGCUUUUAUCUGUCGAUAUGAUAAUCAAACUGUGCCGAAAAUGCCUGCUUUUGUUGACCGUUGCUUAGUCUUCAGAUGCACUUGUAUGUUCGCUUUUACUAGUUAAACAAGGAAAAUAUCCAAGAAACACUGGUAUCGUUGUCAAAAACAUUUCAGUGGCUACUAGUAGCAAGGUCUCAAGGCAAGGUCUCGAUUUCAUUACAUUGUCACAGUACUUCGAAUGUUUUCGAACUCUUGCUUCAUACAAGAGCAGUAAAUGCAAGCAUUUCAAAGCGAAAUAAGAUGCAUAGGCAGAAUUUUUCAGCAAAAUUUAUUGUGAAAUUCUGUUUCCUAUGUGCCUUGGGAGCAAAAAAAAUAUGAUUUUGAAUUUGGAGCAAUAGGCUAAUUUUUUUGCAGUUUGGCCUGGUACUGCACCCUACCUAUGUACUGACUGUGCUGCAAAAGUAAUCAAAUAUACUAGUUUUAAUUUUCCUUCGUUGAAAGGAUCUAAUAUUGUGCACUAAACUAAAUCUUAAUCAGCAUAUAAGGCUGCAAACAACAGCCAAGUAUUAGCUGGAUAGUUUGCAAACUUUAAAAAUAAUUGGACCUCAAACUUUGACCUCCAAAAGUAAACAAAUAGCCAAUACUGCAAACAUAAUCCAAGUUUUGAUCACUAGGCGGAAUUUUUAAAUGUAAAAAAGUGUUUAAAUUACACUAUAAUGGACCAGUCAUAAAGUAUUUACUAUGGGGUGUGGAGGAAAUUUUUUUCUGGGGGGGGGUAUGAAAAAAACCCCAGAACCUCUGAGGGGGGUACGAAAAAAACAACAGAACCUGUAGGCAGUACCAAAAUCUUAGUACUAUAGGUAGGAAAAAAAUUACAUUUUACAAUUGUUGUUUGUGCCAGAUUUAUUAAGUUCGGAAAGAUCGUUCUCCUAUAAUUAUUAUUAAAUCAACAGAAAGUAUAUAUGUUUCAGUCUGACUCAAUGUCAGAUGAUAAGUAGGAUUCAAUAUCCGUGGAACUUUUGGAGUAAAAAUCUGGUACAUCUGAAUUGUCAAUGACAAUGCCAGCAAGCUCACACCAUUAGAACCUGUUAAUGAUUUAAGGAGGGGUAUGAAAAUUUUCACUUACAUUGAAUGGGGUUACGAAAAUUUUUCCAUAGGUUUUUGGGAGGGUAUGGAAAUAUGUACUUGAAAUUUCAUUUAUCCUCCAGCUCCCUCUAGUAAUUUAUGACCGGUCCCAAAAAAAGGCAAAACAAAAUUUGGUAUUGAUUUUUUGGAGCAAAAGUUAAGGUUUUUUGCUAUCCGCCCACGCUUCUACACCCCUUCUCCCAGGAUCUUCUAUCUCAAAAAACAACUUUCUGCACAAACUAUGCUUUUUUCUCGGGAAAUUUUUAUUUUUCUUAAAAAACACUUUUUAAACACGGAAACUUUAACUAUUUAAAUAAUUUUCAUACCUUUUUGUGAUUGCAAAAAGCAAAAUCUGAUUCAUUAUCCCACUUUUUAAACUAUAUGUGACAAAGUUGCUUCGAAAUCACUAUCACGCAGUAGCAUGUUCAUUUACCCUCAUCCUUUUGACUGAAUAAAGUUUAUCUUUUUGAAAACCUAUUUGUUUUAUAGCUCUUCGUUACUGGUUUACGUUUAUAGCUCUUGGUUACUGGUUUAUGUCGAUUUUGGUACCCAUGAGACCAACAAGUUUACAAGUUGCAGUAAUCCUCGAAUGAAAAUGAAUAUUCGAAGAGCAUAAAAGCAAACUCCCAGCCAUGUAACUUUAUCGCCUGAAUUUUGAAUCAUUCCACAACUAAAAUGCUGAUAAUGUAGAUGCUUUUCCUACUUGAAAUAUUAGUUUUUCCUACAAUUUAAUUUCCUUGAUCGCCGUCAUGAAAAUGGGCUAUUCCAAUUAUUAGCUGCCCCCCCCCCCCCCGUUGAGAAACCUUGGAAUUUCCAGCGGAGAAGUGCAUUAACCAUGGAAUUCGAAUUUCCAGGGAAAGGUGCACUAACUUUCAAAUUUCCAGGGGAGGGGAACAUUAACCUUGGAAUCUCCAGGGGAGGGGGUGCAUUAACCCUGGAAUUUCCAGGGAAGGAGGCAUCCAGGCUCUGGAAUUCCAAGGGGAGGAGUAAUUCUCACAUGGAAUUUCCAGAGGGAGGAGUAAAUUUAAUGGAUAGAAAUUCCAUGGGAGGACAUAUAUUAGACGGAAAUUUCCAGGAGUAAAUGUCCCAUGAUGGAAAUUCCAUAGGGAGGGGUAAUUUAACUGAAAUUCCAUGAAGGGCCAAUGAUGGAAAUUCCAAGGGAGGUUCCAUAGGGAGGGUAAUUUUUACAAGGAAAUUCCAUGGGAUGGGGUAAAUUUUACAUGAAAAUUUGCGGAAAUUCCAGGGGAGUACCGACGUGAGAAAGGGGUUCCUCGACAGGGGGGGGGGGUGCAGAUAAUAAUUGGAAUAGCCCAAUGCAAAAUCAUAAGUUGAAAUUUCGAAUUCACUCGUCUUGUUUUUUCGAAUUUUUGUAAAAUAUCACGUGCGCCAGCAAUUCUCUGCACAGCGGUAGCAAAUUUCCCAGCUGAUCCGUGCACCACAAUCCUUGGAUCCGUGCACCACAAUCCUUAGACAAUAUUUUACGCUGUUUAAAUAAUGUACAAUUUGGAGUCUGGAGGGUUACGGUUGGGGUGAGGGACGCCACGGUGGUGGAGGGUUUACAUUCUCAAAAACACCUUUGCCAAUCCGCCGAGAAAUUUCGUGGGGCGAAGGUGGACGUAAUUUAGGGUUCCGCCGAAUUUAAUUUUUGAUCAGAAAAUGUCCGAUAUCCGACCAGGCUCGAAAAUUGCAGUUCUAAAGGCCGUUUUCCGCUAGGCGGAAUUUUGCCCGCGGAGCGGAAUUUUUCUUUGUCUUGUGAUUUCUCGGGUGGAACUAAUUAGAAAAGACAAAGAGAAAUUCCGCUCCGCGUGCAAAAUUCCCCUUAUUGGAAAACGCUCUUAAUUUACUAAUGCCGGUUUUCAUUAGGCGGACUUUUACAGCCGGAGCGGAAUUUUUCUUUGUCUUUUUUAAUUAGUUCCAUCAGAGGAAUCACAAGAUAAAGAAAAAUUCCGCUGCGCGCGCAAAAUUCUGCCUAAUAGAAAACCGGCUUAACGUGUCCGAACUUUGUUUCAGGCAAAGAUAUGAGCAAAUUACCAUGAAGUAUAAUCGACUGAAGGAGAAAUUUGUUGGUUAUCUUGAAACACAACAGAAAAUGGGUGAGCCUCCUAAAGCAGAGCAAAGUACUGGUGCUGAAUUGCAAGCACGAAUUUAUAAGCAGCAGAUUGAACCGGUAAUCAAGAGCCAGAAUAAUGAUCCGACAUUCACGCAACCAACUGCAUUAAGUAGUGAGUCGACACCUUGCCACCCAGCACAUGAUGAUAAUCCUGAAUUUAAGGAGCAGGAUAACCAACCUACGUUGAAGGAUGAUACCAGUGAACCUUCGUUCAGGCCUCACAUGAGCACGAUUGCUUUCAAACCGAGCACCGAAUCCGCGUUCAGAAAGCCGCCGAAUGUUUCAGCCGAGAAACCAUCCAGCACUGAAGUUAAACCCGCCGGCCCGAUUCCAAGCCAUCAGGCAAGCAAGCCCGUCUGUAGCACUGUUGGGCUGCCGCGUCGGGUUGAACCAAAACAGUCUGGUGCAAUGCAGGCUGGUCGAAAACAAACCGCUGAAGUCGGCCAAACUGUGGGUGUAAUGCAAGAAAGUAACCAAGCCUCUAGGUUGCCCAAGGGGCAAUCAAAAACAACAUAUUCCAAACGAAAUAAAGAGAACAAUUUAUAUGAUCCCCAAGAGAAGCCUGAUGCGUGUAAGUCAAAUUAGUUAAUUACAUGUACAAUGAGUUUAUAUUAUUGAUGAUUUAAUGAUUUAUAUUAUUAGUAUAUUAUUAUUAUUAUUUAUAUUAUUAUUAUUAUUAGUUUAUAUUUUUAGUAUAUUAUAGCACUUCAAUUUUUCACAAAUUAUUAAAAUUAUUUUAUUUGUAUUUAAUUGUCACGCAUAAGAAACAAAAAAAAUUGUAAAUAUAUAUGCAUGUUUUAAAUCGAAAAGCUAAAGCCUGGUUCACAUAUAUGCCUGCGACGUACCGGCGGCGAUGCCGGUGGUAGCUUAAAACGUAAAUUAUAUGAAUAUUUGUUCGCCGAUUGCCUCCAGUGCCACAGUUACAUCGGCGGUAGGCCGGGAAAGUUGAGUUGAGUUCAACUUUGCCGGUAUUUCGGCGGCAAGUAGAGGCAUAAUGAUAUAGUCGCAGGCAUAUGUGAAUCAGGCUUAAGACUAAAGCCAAAGAGAAACUUAAGCCGAUUUUCCACUUCAAGCGUACCGAAAAGUAUCAAAAACGUUUUUAAAUUUCAAAAUUUCAUGACUGUUGAUUGGUAGUACUUCGUAGUACGCCAAAAAGUUGACUUGCGACGAGC